CUAAAUUUGUGGUGUCAGCAACGCCGAGGAUUUAUUUAUAUGUCGUCGGAGCUGCGACUUGUAGUUUCGAUCGAAGCGUCAUUGACAACAUGUUGCAGUUGUUAUUAAUUUCAGUUGCUGGUCUUUUAAUCGGUAACGCUGUUGCCGAUGUUCUGGUGCAACCUGGCUACGGUCAACCGCAAAUGCCGUUGCUUCCGCAACAGAUAGUGCCACCCCUUUCGGCGCUUCCACACGUCCCAAUUCCAGGCUACGGACCGUUCCGCUACCACAAUCCUGGAUAUCAUCUGGAGCUUCACCCGGUCUAUGGACAUUUGGACCAAUCGCUUGUUGGAUUAGGGCAUCAUCAAGGUCACGAUUUAUCGGGAGCACUACACAGACGCCUCCAUCAUGCGGGACUGAGUGGUUUUGGAAUUCCUCGCACGCAUGCACCCCUCAUUCCUUUGCCAGCACAUCGAAGAUUCAGAAGAUCCGCUAGUGGGCGAGCCAGCGGACAACGAGAAAAACGCGUGGCUGUGGCCACGAAGUCGACCCUAAACGGAGACAAUGGGAUGGUCGUUGAUUUGUUGAAUUCCGACGAAAAAGAGAAUCGCGUGGAGGUCCGUCAAAGUAAAAACGAUCAAGCAAUGUCCGACUCAACUCUAUUAGGCCUGAAUCCAUUGAGCAUGUAUCCUGCACAGAAUCAAUACCAGUUCGCAAUGCCAUCCUCCAGCUCCUAUCAGCAGAUCGUCAACCAAGAGCCGACGCUAGCGAGCCAAAUAAAUACCCGAGCCGCGACACACGAACCAGCAAUAACACCGCAAAACCAAGCCGCAACAACGAUGGCGAGCACACUUCGUGAAAUAAAACCUGAAUAUGUAUCGAAUGCUUUACCUUCGUCGAUGGUAGUGUUAAACCAUUCGCCAUGGAGAACGGCGCAGUACGAUGUGCAAAAUCAACAGAGAAAUUAUCCUGACCCUAGACCGAUGACCGACGCGGAGAGGAUCGACUAUGAAAAAUCGAAAAACCAUAUAGUAAGCCAGCAAGCCAAAAGCUCAGAACCGAGUGGAAACGACGAGAUAGUAGGUUCUCACCAUCACAAGACCAAGACAAUACAUUUACACCAACAUGGGAGUUUCCGAUCUAACAACAACUACGAGAAUGAAGCUUCCACUCCGUGCACCUGUCAGGAUCCUGUUGUCACGGUUUACUACGGGAACGACGAGGCAACGAAUAACUUGCAAUUGACGCAGUUAGGCGUCCAGCAACCGGGGUUGGCUCUUCAGCUCGCAUCCCUGCCGGGGAACGAUUCGCCGAACAGGGAAUACUACACGGUUGCACCGCAGACUUACAGAAGUCCCUUGGUCUACUCCGACUACAGAUAUUCUGCGAUGCCGCCGUUAAUUGUGCAGGAAGCUAACACCUUUCCGCUCGCAAGAUGUCAAUUAAUCUGACAACCGAUCAAACACAUCGAACAACCAAGCUGAUUCGCGACUUUAUUUAUUGGGUUUUGUAAAUACCGUCGCUGUGCAUUCCGUCGCAUGUCACGUGACUCCAUCAGCGACGUCACGGACGAGCAGUUGGGGGUUGUGUAGGGGUAAAGGGCAGCAGGGUUGCCGGGGAUGCUCUCACGUUUGCAAUCGGUCGCGUCGCGACGGUCAAAUACGCUGCCCUUUACCCUUGCUCUACUCGACUGCUCAUCCGUGACGUGCGGAUGGACGUCACAUGGCAUUUGAAGGAAUGGACGGCAACGGUGUUUGCGAAGCGCGCGUUGGAAUGUGUGCUCUGAGACUAUCAUCGAAAUCCGUCCAUGUAGCCAUCGAUUGUACGAUUUCUGCUAGGAAACAAUCAAAACUGUGGCUGUAACCGAGUUGAACACAGCGGUUUAUUAUAUAAUAACUUUGAAUAAAUAUACGACCAUUCAACAUUA